AUGGCACAGCCUCGUAUCUCAGCCUACCUGCCCCCUGAUAUAGAUCCCACCAAAGCUGCCCUGGCGUUUGGGAGGAGGGCCCUUCCCAAGCUGAACGAGGAGUUACAGUCGGCCGAGCUGCUGACGCAGCAGCGGGCACUGAUGGCACUCUGCGAUCUGGUCCAUGAUCCAGAAAAGGUCUACCAGGCAAUAGAAAUAGGAUUCUUGGACAACCUGAAGACUUUGCUGGGCCAUCCUGACAACACCGUCCGGCAAAAAACAACAGAAGUUCUCUAUCUGAUGAGUAUGCACAGUGUCGGCAGGCAGGGGCUGAUACAAAAUGGAGUGAUUUCUGCCCUCACUGGGCUCCUGGAUGAUCCAGUCGAUAUCUGUCGGAAGAACACCCAUCAGAUUUUUGAUAUGAUGGCAAAAUUACCUGAAGGGGCUGCUGGUGUCCUGCAGGCUGCUUUGAUUCCCCCCCUGGUACUGAAACUGCAGACUGAGCUGGAGGAGAUCCUGGAGCUGAUCCUGGACACCCUGUCCAACUGCCUGCGCAUGGAGGUUUCGGAAGCCCUGGCAACUGGUGCCGUCGGUGCCCUGAAGGCCAAGCUCACACACCCCUCAGCAGCCAUCAGGAGCAAAGCAGCUCAGGUGCUGUUAGAAAUCAGUUCUCAUCCAGAGGGAAAACUUCCAGUGUGUGAUGAAGAGGUUAUCCCUGUGCUGGUGAGCCUGCUGGAAGACACAGACCCUGCAGUCCAGGCUAGUGCAGCUGGAGCACUGAUGUUCGCUCUUGUCACUCCUCAGGGGAGAUCCUCAGCCAUGGCAGCUGGAGCCAUCCCACCUCUGCUCAAGUUGGUUGCUGAGGAAACCAGCAGAGCCCGUCUGAACGCGAUCAAAGCCCUCACGCUGCUGGCUGAGCUCCCCGAGGGCCGCGAGACGCUCCUGGAUCACACGGACACCUUUCGGGAGUGCCUGGACGAUCCCCGGGAGGUCGUGGCAAGAGCUGCCCAAAGCGCCAUCCGAGCCAUCGAGUGGAAACCUUUCUGCAGGCGCGAUCUUUUCUAGAGAUCUGUUGCCCUCUGUUGUUGUCUGGCUGUAAGAGGUGCACGAUUAUACGAGAC